AUGAAACAACAAGCUCCAAAAAGGGCAAAGCCAAAAAGGGCAAAGCCGGAACUAGCAGCUGACACCAAAGACAUUGCAGAACUCUCACAGGAAUCAUUGGCCGCACAGAUCAAUAAGAAGAGCAAGGGGGGUGCUGCGAGAAAGAUUGUGACGCUAUUGGAAGAGACGGAAGCUGGAACAAGCGAUUGGGGCGCUGCGGGAAUUCGACCAGAUGCGAGGACCUACCGAGUGGCAAUUCGUUCCUUGCUAAAACUAAACCGCACUGAGCUUGCAAUUCAUGUAUAUCGAAUGCGAAUGGAGGCCCGACUGAAGCGAACAGAUGCCAUUGCGUCAGAUCUACCGCUUGCAGCGAAUAUAAUACGUGCAAUUCUUCGCGAUGUCAAGAAUAGAAAAACACAGGCGAGGGAUCGGGAUGACGUCUUCUCGGAAAUGAAAGCUGAUUGUGCGGCAUUCAUCGACAUGGGGUCGGUUGAGGGCAGAAGGCGGUUGGACAGAAGUGGACAGAUGAACGGGGGAUGUGAAAGGUCGUUGUGUAUUAAGACGGGCCAUGGGACUACAGUGCGGAGGAGGAAAUUAAGCGGAAAUUCAGUGAUUUCGUCAGCGCAAAACGGCGGACCGUUCUUCCCCUUCGCCGCCUUGAUGGACGUCCUUACACCCAGCCAGCCUCUGAUUUGCACCUUGACUGACGGGCCUCACUUCCCCCGAGCCGUCUCCUCCGCCUCGCCUUGUUGCCGUCGUCCCAAACAUGCCUCCUUGUAA